CUCACAUGCAACAACCAUCUAAUAGAUAUCAUGGCAGACAUUGUCGACGAUUCUGAGCUCCCCAAGAAUACCACGGCCUCCAGUGCCAGCACCCCGACCCCUACCACAGACAAUGAACCCGCACCCGCAAAGCUAGCCGGCGACGAGCCCCCCUCCGCCGAGAUCCAAGCCAAAGUCGCCAGUUACACCGUCCUCGACCGUGAAGGACAGCCACACCAAUACUCGACCCUCUACAGCGGUCCAGAUGCGGCCCCCCGCACUCUCGUCGUCUUCAUCCGUCAUUUCUUCUGUGGGAGCUGCAAGCAAUACAUCGAGGUGCUCUCCAAAGCCAUCACCCCGGAGUUUCGGUCCCAACUCAGCUCCCCAACCUCCGUGGUGGUGGUGGGGUGUGGGGACCCGGGUCUGAUCGACAUCUAUGCAAAGGAGACAGGCUGCCAGUUCCCCAUCUACGCGGACCCUACCCGCAAGCUCUACGAGCAAUUGGGGUUGCUCUCUUCACUGGCUCUCGGCGAGAAGCCAGAGUAUAUUCAGAAGAGCAUGGUACAGAUCGUGGCCGAGUCGUUCUGGAAGACGCUGAAGCAGCUUCCCAGUGGGUUAGCCCUCAAGGGUGGGGAUUCGCGCCAGAAUGGCGGCGAGUUCCUGUGCGAAGCGAGUCCCGGGGGGAGUGAUGAGAGACGCGUGGCGUGGUGUCAUCGCAUGCAAAAUACUCGCGAUCACACUGAGGUGGCGGCUUUGUCCAAGAUCUUGGAGCGGAAGGAGUGAGUUGGUCGGGUGUGGUACCGAGCGUGUUAGGCUUGGGGAUAGCUGAGAUCAGAGCAAUUCGAAUCUCCGAUUAACUGACAUGUGCUGAUAUUACUUCUUUGUGAACUCACCGGGAUGAGGCUAUCCACAAGAUUGUGAUGCAGGCAGUGUCUAGGUACCUAUCCC